CGGCACCGAGUGUGAGCUCUUUCAAGAGAAGACUUGACCAACACUGGAGCGGGUUCAGUUCAAGCAGCGGAAUGAUGCAGGUCUUCAGCACGAGUCGAGUCUUGCACAGAGGCGUCGCGCUGCUCCAUAAGACACACACACCAGCUGUAUCGUUGCUGAAGAAGUUUCAUGUGUCCGCUACUGAACCAGAGACACUAUUCCAUGAAAUAAAAGAUACAAAAUCUGGAAAAGUACGGAGAAUUGCCUACCACAAGACAAGUGGGCCACGGUCUGUAGGAGUGAUCUAUGUACCAGGAUUUAUGUCUGACAAGUCUGGCAUUAAAGCUCAAGAAUUACAUCCAUUUUGUCAGAAGUAUGGCUUUCCUUAUGUGAGGUAUGAUCCAUCAGGACUGGGUGACAGUGAAGGUGUUGAGCUCACAGAGGCAAGAAUGUCAUCGUGGGUCGAGGAUGCCAGGGAAAUAAUCAUCAAAGUGUCCGAUGGUCCACAGAUUAUAGUCGCUUCUUCUAUGGGAUGUUGGAUAUCAAGCAUCAUAGCCAAGGAACACCCUGAGAAGUUUGCAGGUCUUCUGAUGUUGGCACCAGCAUUUAAUUUUGGUGAGAAAUAUGAGAAGGUACUGCUGUCACAGUUAACUCCCAAACUCCUGAAGAAAUAUGAGGACGGUGGAGUUGUCAACCUGUACGCUCCGGACUAUGGGGAAUUCCCGUUGUCGUUGGCGCAGUUUGAGGACAUGAAACAGUUCAAUAUAACAAAGGCCACGGAUAGUAUGCCAGUGACUUGUCCCGUAAGAAUUAUCCAUGGCAUCAAGGAUAAAGAUGUCCCCUACAUGGAAUCUCUCCAACUUCUUCCAGCUCUUCAGACCCCCAAUGUAACCUUGACAUACCUCAAGCAUGCGGGCCACAGGCUGAGCGAUGUAACAAGCUUGGAUGUUAUAUUGGAUACUGUCCUCAAGCUGGCAUCAACUUUACAUCCAAGAGAAAAUAAUUCGUGAAAUCCAAAAGUGAAAUCUACCCCUCACAUUCAUCCCCUAAUUAUAUAAUACUGCUAUUAGAGGUAUGGGAGGCCUCAAGUCCUUAACCCCUACACUGCGGUGAGUGUUAGUUGAUGAGCUCAGUUUCCUCCGAGACAUUUGAAUGAGUAUGGUGUUUCUGCUCUUUGUUUUAGGUCUAUGAGAGUGGAUAUGUGAGCAGCAUUCUAAGGCAAGAAGAGCAUAAGUUCUGUCUCAAUUGGAAGUUUUAUGUCUUGCUGUUCAGUGAGUGAUAAGAGGGAGGGCAAUGGUACUCUGACCACCAUUGCAUACAGUACAGUUCAGUAUUGUUUUAACGGAAUUGCACAUAGAGAAAAACACACACCAGAAGAGUUAUGUAAGUAAAGAAUUUAUUUUCCAAAGCUCAUCAUUCGGCAGAGUACUUGUCUAUAAAUUUACAUGAAAAUUAUUAUAUGAGUACAGUAUACAGUUGUUUUUAACAAUUAUAGAAACAUUUUUUAUUUAUUUAUGUUCGGUAUUUUUUUUAUGUAUGUAUUUAUUUAUUUAUUUAUUAUUAUGAUUAUUUAUAUAUUUAUUUGUUUAUUUUAUUUUUUUGGUUUACACAGAUUACUCAGUUUUCCAUUGCGCGGUUUAAGGGUUAAGCGAGAGACUAAUUAUAUAUUACUAUGAGGCUGUUAUAACAACAUUGUGUUAUUAUAUAGUGUGUGUGUGUAAAGCUGCCACUCUUGUUAUUAUGAAAUUUUGGAUCACCUGAAGAUUAAACCCCCAGCUAACCUAACCUAACUCACUCUUUCAAGUAGGAUUAAACUGUUUAAUAAUCAGGUGAAAUAAGCUGGGGGUUAAUCUUCAGGUGAUAUAUGAUACUAGUCAAUGAAGUAACUUUCAAUGGA